GUUGUCAAAAUUCUUAAAUUUUGUAAGGUCGUAAAUAAUUUACUGUUUUGUACUAACAAAUACAAAAAAUAAUUGGAAAAAUACAAUGGAUAUGGAUAUUGUUUCAACGGAAAACAAUACCGAAUUUCGAUUAAAUGCAACAAAUACAGAAUUCGCAAAUAGACAUAAUAAUAUAUUUGGACAACUUACAAAAUUAGAACAAUCUGUUCAAGAUAAUCUUAAAAAGAAUACUUUGAAUAACGAUUCCAUUGAACGAGACCAUUCUUCACCACUUUCAAUACUAUCGAAACAAGUGAUUAAGAAAAAAUAUACAAAAUCAUUUCGAGGCAAAGAAAGUAUUUUUAAACGUCCAGAAGCACCAAUCAACCGAUGUUUAUUACCCCGAAAAGUACCUGAUUUUAAAAUAAAUCCACAAAAAUGGAAGAAAUAUACUCUAGACGAUGUUACACCAGAAGAUCUAUCAAAUCGUCAGAAUACAGCAUCAGCGUUAACAUUUUUACGUGAGCUGGAGGAACGUAAAAAAAUUGAAACCAUCGAAGACGAUAUAACUGACGACACAGAAUUUAAGCCGACAUUUAAAACAUCAGCGAUAAUUUCGGAUACAAAGACGACAGCAGCCGAUGAAGAUAAACCAUUAUUUAAAAGUUCUGUUUUGGUUAUGCCAGAAUAUACGGUGGGACAACGUAAAAAACCUUCGAAAAAACAUAAGUCGAAAACAAAUAAAGAAGAUCGAAAAGAAUUGAAACUUGAUCAUCUUUUAGAGUAUGAUGAAGAUGAAUCAUAAGCUUUUUAUACUUUU